GGAUUUUACCAAAGUUUUCUGACUUCUGAAAUUCCUGCUUAGUUGGAUAGCUCCUGCGGCCCCCUUCUCUUGAGAAUUCAGCGUCUUCAGGAAGUUGGAAAUUAACUUCAUAGCGUCCCUUUCACAUGCGGGUGAAAAUGGACGCCAAUUGUGCUCAGUUUAGUUGCAUUCCCUCUGGAUAAUGUUUGUUGUGUGUACGAGUAUGCAGUGAUUAAUGUAAUUGCACAAGAGUUGAUAUUUUGUACCCCGGUUCACGGAGUGCGCUUAUAAAAACAAAACUUUUUUAAAACUGACGGACCGAUCGAUAUUUACACAAUGGCGUCGUGUGGCUCCCCCGUGCACCCCAGCAUCCUGGGGGCGAGCAGGGAGGAUGAUUCGGGUUUAAUGGGGGAGUUCGAGGAAGCCCCCCAUUCAGGGAUGCCAACUGUGCAAGCUGUGUCUGUAGGAAAGCCUUGCUCCAACUGCCGUGACCAGUGUCCAGGCUUCGGGCUACAUUACUGGAGGAAAAUAUGUCGCCACUGCAAGUGCCCCCCUGAAGCCCAUGACAUGGCGACCGCUGGAGAGCAAGACCGCACGAUUCCUCGACUGAUCCACGAUGCGAAACGUAACUCCACGUCUGAUGACGACAGUGGAUGUCCACUAGAAGAAUAUACCUGGGUCCCUCCUGGACUGAAACCAGAACAGGUUCAUCAAUACUUCAGUGCUUUGCCUGAUGGGAAGGUUCCGUACCUGAACAGCACCGGCGAGAAGUACCGCGUGCGACAGCUCCUGCAGCAGUUACCUCCCCAUGACAACGAGGUGCGCUACUGCAACGUACUGUCAGAGGAGGAGAAACAUGAACUGCGUAUGUUCAGCACUCAGCGGAAGCGUGAGGCCCUAGGGCGGGGCAGUGUCCGCCCACUGCCCCUCAUCAUGCAGGGCACCGUCUGUACUCGGUGUCAGUGCCACAUCCCGGGGGGUGAGAUGGCGGUGUUUGCGUCGCGGGCAGGGCAGGACCGGUGCUGGCACCCAGCGUGUUUCAUCUGCUUCACAUGUCACGAGCUGCUGGUUGACCUCAUCUACUUCCACAUGGACGGUGAGCUGUACUGCGGCCGUCACCACGCCGAACUCCUUAAACCACGAUGCGCAGCCUGCGACGAGAUUAUAUUUGCCGACGAGUGUACGGAGGCAGAGGGUCGCAGCUGGCACAUGAAACACUUCUGCUGCUUCGAGUGCGACCACCAGCUCGGGGGUCAGCGGUACAUCAUGCGUGAUGGCCGCCCGUAUUGCUGCGGCUGUUUUGAGCAGAUGUUCGCCGAGUACUGCGACACGUGCGGGGAACACAUCGGGGUGGACCAGGGUCAGAUGACCCAUGAGGGCCAACACUGGCAUGCCACCGACCACUGCUUCCGCUGCCACACCUGCCAGAAGUCGCUGCUGGGCCACCCGUUCCUGCCGAAACACGGCGUCAUCUACUGCUCGGCGGCCUGCAGUCGGGCGGGGUCCAUGCAGACCCAGACCCCCCGCCGGCCCGAGGACUACAUCCAGGAGCUGCAGGCGGUGCGGGUGGGCUCCCCCGUCAGUCACGUGCUGCAGGAGGGGUGCGGGGAGAUCCACCAGGUCCUCCGCCAGCAGUACACGAUCUCCGACAGCGGGCCGUCGUCGGACCGCGACCAGGGCUACGCCACGAGCAGCAAUAGCGAGGUGUACGCGCCAGGAAUGUACGAAGUCCCGAACCAGAUGGUGAGCAUGAGUGAACCGGAUGAUCUGUAUCAUGUGAACCUGGACGGUCUCCUCGAUGCUCUGCCCAGCCAGGAGGCGAAGACGCGCAACCGGCUGUCACAGUUCUCCAUGCCGGACCUCGCCGGGGCGGAGCAGACUCCGCCCGACACCCCCGAGUAUGACAGACCUAUGAAUAUUACCUCACAGAGCAGGAGCAGGUCGGGCUCGGAGAAGAAUCUGAGUGUGCACUACGCGACGAUUAGUCCGAGACCAGUCCACAGUCCGGACCACGUGCACACGCCUCCCACGGGUGGUACGCCCCCCGCCAGUUGUACGACCGUGAUCACGGGCUCCAAUGACAGUCCUGUGUACCAAGGGCCGGCCAAUGUGAGGUCGUACCCCGAGAUGCCUCAUGUUCGACAGGUCGGGCGCAGGGGGCGGGCUGGUGCUAGUGACAUACCCCUCCCCGAUGACAAUAAGAUGAACCCCAUAUCUCGCCCCCGCAGUAAUAACCACCACCGACCUGCGCACCAGAAUGGCUAUCCCCGCAGCCGCAGUUUCGAAGGUCGGCCCAGUUCGGUGUCUGAGACGCGUGGUGCUACAGGCUCGAGUGGACACUAUGCGCGGGGUGAGUAUUUCAACUGGUACGACGAUGACGAUCGGUGCAGCACCUGUUCCAGUUCAAGUGAUUCGGACGACUAUUACUAUUACGAGAGUCCGCGUAGGUAUGGAUCGAAAAUCUCCUACGUCGACGAUAUGGGCAUCGGACCCCAUGGACAGUCUAGAACAAUGCCCCGCAGCAGACACAAGCGGCGUAACAAACAGUGUGUCAUAUCGUGAAACGGGCUUUAAUCAGUGAUUGUGUAAAUUAUAUUGCCACGUAUUGACAGCAUUACCAUGUAUAUUAA